AUGCUCGGAUCGUGGUUCACAGGCAAGGGCAAGGCCCAUCAGCAGGAAGCAGACCCUCUCAUUGACGAUGUCCAACACUCCCCAUACUCGCGAAUUCAUCCCAGACCUUCUUACGGUUCUUCAGACGUCGAGGCUACCGAACAGUUGUCUGGCGGCGCGCAACAACCUAGAUCGGCGUUCCCGCUCGUGUCCACUCCCCACGAUGCCGUUCUUGCAGAGCUCACGAGGAUACAGGCAGAGCCAUCGCCUGAUACUGUCCAUGCAACACGGCCCAAGGUGAAGGUUGCCGAUCUCACUGCUGCCUCCACGACCGAGAACACGGCUGCAGCUUCGCGGCCGGAACCUCUAUCCGAUCCAUUCUCUGGGGAACUUCUGGGCAUGGUCUAUCACGAACCGGAAGGAAGCAUGGAUUCCGCCGAGUUUGAAUCUGUCAAAGAUGACUUGUGGUCUCAGCUUGGACAAAUCCGGCGCCUCCAAGCGGAGAUUGCCAACAUGCACAUCCAGAUGGAAGGAGUUAGUGGCGUGAGUGAAGGCAGAUCACAGACUGCGCGAACCCCUGCAGGAUUAGGGAGACUCUCCAUGCGGCGCGUCAGUACUUCGGGCACGGCUGGGGAAUGGGAGGAAGGCGAUGAGGACGAGGAAGCGGAGCGUAAGAAGGCCCGAGAGGCAGAAUUCAACCAGCUGGCAGACAAAUUUGACGGAAGAAAGAAGGACAUAGAUCAGGUCAUGGCAAAGGUGCUGACCAGUAAUAAUGUCACUGUAUCGUCAUUGAUCCGAACGUCCCAGUUGAACGAAUUAUCGGAGGCGCUCAGUUCCUUCCAUGCUCUCCGAAUGCCCGGUGCCAGCUUCAAUUCUACGUCUCGCAGCGCCACUCACAAUUCUAACGCCGCUCCAUCACCACCGUCUACAGCAGAACAGACUUUUCCUAGAUCGGAUCACUCAGUUCAUGGCAUUCACACUCCUUGA